GUGUGUGUGUGUGUGUGUGUGUGUGUGUGUGAUUGUAUAAUUGUAGCCUGGGGCACAGAACAUAUGUGUGGCUUGUCAGGCUGUCUAGCCAUCUGGUUACCCUGUGUGGCAGGAUCUGACUUUGGAAAAGAGAGGUGACCAGCUAUUUGGAUCCCUGGGGAGCCUGCUGCUAGGGGGUCUUGGUAUCUAAGUGUCAGAUUCCUGGAGUUUGGGUGCAGACCUCUUUGGGUGGGUGGUAUCUCACUAUCUAGGUGUGGGUAUCUCAAUACCAGAGUGUGGGAGGCUCAGAGCGUGCCAACCUAAGGAUGUCCCAGUGUCUCUGCAUCCAAAGCCGGCUGCACCUUCGAAGAGGCGAGUGACCCAGCAGUGCCCUGCGAGUACAGCCAGGCCCAGUACGACGACUUCCAGUGGGACCAAGUGCAGAUCCACCCUGGUACCCGGGCUCCUGCAGACCUGCCACACGGCUCCUACUUGAUGGUCAAUGCUUCCCAGCAUGCUCCAGGCCAACGGGCCCAUGUCAUCUUCCAGAGCCUGAGUGAGAAUGAUACCCACUGUGUGCAGUUCAGCUACUUUCUGUACAGCCGGGAUGGGCACAGUCCGGGCACCUUGGGCAUCUACGUGCGUGUCAAUGGGGGUCCCCUGGGCAGUGCCGUCUGGAAUAUGACUGGAUCACAUGGUCGUCAGUGGCACCAGGCUGAGCUGGCUGUCAGCACCUUCUGGCCCAAUGAAUAUCAGGUGCUGUUUGAGGCCCUCAUCUCCCCAGACCGCAGGGGCUACAUGGGCCUAGAUGACAUCCUGCUUCUCAGCUACCCCUGCGCGAAGGCCCCGCACUUCUCCCGACUGGGCGAUGUGGAGGUCAACGCUGGCCAGAACGCCUCCUUCCAGUGCAUGGCAGCGGGCAGAGCAGCAGAGGCAGAGCGCUUUCUCCUGCAGCGGCAGAGCGGGGCGCUGGUGCCCGCGGCCAGCGUGCGGCACAUCAGCCACCGGCGCUUCCUGGCGACCUUCCUGCUGGCCUCCGUGAGCCGCUCGGAGCAGGACCUGUAUCGUUGCGUGUCCCAGGCCCCGCGCGGCGCGGGCGUCUCGAACUUCGCAGAGCUCAUCGUCAAGGAGCCCCCCACCCCCAUCGCGCCGCCGCAGCUGCUGCGCGCGGGUCCCACCUACCUCAUCAUCCAGCUCAACACCAACUCCAUCAUUGGCGACGGGCCGAUCGUGCGCAAGGAGAUUGAGUACCGCAUGUCCCGCGGCCCAUGGGCGGAGGUGCACGCCGUCAGCCUGCAGACCUACAAGCUGUGGCACCUUGACCCCGACACGGAGUACGAGAUCAGUGUGCUGCUCACGCGCCCAGGUGAUGGCGGCACCGGCCGCCCUGGGCCACCCCUCAUCAGCCGCACCAAGUGCGCAGAACCCAUGAGGGCCCCCAAAGGCCUGGCUUUCGCUGAGAUCCAGGCCCGCCAGCUGAUGCUGCAGUGGGAACCUCUGGGCUACAAUGUGACACGUUGCCACACGUACACGGUGUCCCUGUGCUAUCACUACACGCUGGGCAGCAGCCACAACCAGACCAUCCGGGAGUGUGUGAAGAUGGAGCGGGGCGUCAGCCGCUACACCAUCAAGAACCUGCCCCCCUACCGGAACGUUCACGUGCGGCUCAUCCUCACGAACCCCGAGGGACGCAAGGAGGGCAAGGAGGUCACCUUCCAGACAGACGAGGAUGUGCCUGGUGGGAUUGCAGCCGAGUCCCUGACCUUCACUCCACUGGAGGACAUGAUCUUCCUCAAGUGGGAGGAGCCCCAGGAACCCAAUGGCCUCAUCACUCAGUAUGAGAUCAGCUAUCAGAGCAUUGAGUCAUCAGACCCGGCGGUGAAUGUGCCGGGCCCACGACGUACUAUCUCCAAGCUCCGCAACGAGACUUACCACGUCUUCUCCAACCUGCACCCGGGCACCACCUACCUGUUCUCUGUGCGGGCCCGCACGGGCAAAGGCUUUGGCCAGGCGGCACUCACCGAGAUCACCACCAACAUCUCAGCUCCCAGCUUUGAUUAUGCCGACAUGCCAUCACCCCUGGGCGAGUCUGAGAACACCAUCACCGUUCUGCUGAGGCCGGCACAGGGCCGCGGUGCGCCCAUCAGCGUGUACCAGGUGAUUGUGGAGGAGGAGCGGCCGCGGAGGCUGCGACGGGAGCCGGGCAGCCAGGACUGCUUCCCAGUACCCUUGACUUUUGAUGCUGCGCUGGCCCGGGGCCUGGUGCACUACUUCGGGGCUGAACUGGCGGCCAGCAGUCUGCCAGAAGCCAUGCCCUUCACGGUGGGUGACAACCAGACCUAUCGCGGCUUCUGGAACCCACCGCUGGAGCCCAGGAAGGCCUACCUCAUCUACUUCCAGGCAACAAGCCACCUGAAGGGGGAGACCCGGCUGAAUUGCAUCCGCAUUGCCAGGAAAGCUGCCUGCAAGGAAAGCAAGCGACCCCUGGAGGUGUCCCAGAGAUCGGAGGAGAUGGGGCUCAUCCUGGGCAUCUGUGCGGGGGGACUUGCUGUGCUCAUCCUUCUCCUGGGGGCCAUCAUUAUCAUCAUCCGUAAGGGGAGGGAUCACUAUGCCUACUCCUACUACCCAAAGCCCGUGAACAUGACCAAAGCCACCGUCAAUUACCGCCAGGAGAAGACCCACAUGAUGAGUGCCGUGGACCGGAGCUUCACGGACCAGAGCACCUUGCAGGAGGAUGAGCGACUGGGCCUCUCCUUCAUGGACGCCCGCGGCUACAGCCCCCGGGGAGACCAGCGCAGUGGUGGGGUCACUGAGGCCAGCAGCCUCCUGGGGGGCUCACCGCGGCGUCCGUGUGGCCGGAAGGGCUCCCCAUAUCACACGGGGCAGCUGCACCCCGCAGUGCGCGUGGCCGACCUCCUGCAGCACAUCAACCAGAUGAAGACGGCCGAGGGCUAUGGCUUCAAGCAGGAGUACGAGAGCUUCUUUGAAGGCUGGGAUGCCACAAAGAAGAAAGACAAGGUCAAGGGCAGCCGGCCAGAGCCUGUGCCUGCCUAUGAUCGGCACCGAGUGAAACUGCCCCCGAUGCUGGGAGGCCCGGAUGCCGACUACAUUAACGCCAACUACAUAGACAUUCGGAUAAACCGUGAAGGUUACCACAGGUCAAACCACUUCAUAGCCACUCAAGGGCCGAAGCCCGAGAUGGUCUACGACUUCUGGCGCAUGGUAUGGCAGGAGCACUGUUCCAGCAUUGUCAUGAUCACCAAGCUGGUGGAGGUGGGCAGGGUGAAGUGCUCACGGUACUGGCCGGAGGACUCGGACAUGUACGGGGACAUCAAGAUCACGCUGGUGAAGACGGAGACUCUGGCCGAGUACGUCGUGCGCACCUUUGCCCUGGAGCGGAGAGGCUACUCUGCCCGGCACGAGGUCCGACAGUUCCAUUUCACGGCAUGGCCAGAGCACGGCGUCCCCUACCACGCCACAGGGCUGCUAGCCUUCAUCCGGCGCGUGAAGGCCUCUACCCCACCUGACGCCGGGCCCGUCGUCAUCCACUGCAGCGCGGGCACCGGCCGCACAGGCUGCUACAUCGUUCUGGAUGUGAUGCUGGACAUGGCGGAGUGUGAGGGCGUUGUGGACAUUUACAACUGUGUGAAGGCCCUCUGCUCCCGGCGCGUCAACAUGAUCCAGACAGAAGAGCAGUACAUCUUCAUUCAUGAUGCAAUCCUGGAGGCCUGCCUGUGUGGGGAGACCACUAUCCCUGUCAGCGAGUUCAAGGCCACCUACAAGGAGAUGAUCCGCAUUGACCCCCAGAGUAAUUCCUCCCAGCUGCGGGAAGAGUUCCAGACGCUGAACUCGGUCACACCACCCCUGGACGUGGAAGAGUGCAGCAUCGCCUUGCUGCCCCGGAACCGAGACAAGAACCGCAGCAUGGAUGUCCUGCCGCCCGACCGCUGCCUGCCCUUCCUCAUCUCCACCGACGGGGACCCUAACAACUACAUCAACGCGGCCCUGACUGACAGCUACACACGGAGCGCAGCCUUCAUCGUGACCUUGCAUCCUCUACAGAGCACUACGCCUGACUUCUGGCGGCUGGUCUACGAUUACGGGUGCACCUCCAUUGUCAUGCUCAACCAGCUGCACCAGUCCAACACUGCCUGGCCUUGCCUGCAAUACUGGCCAGAGCCUGGCCGACAGCAGUAUGGCCUCAUGGAGGUGGAGUUCGUGUCGGGCUCAGUGGAUGAAGACUUGGUGGCCCGUGUCUUCCGGGUGCAGAACAUGUCUCGGCUGCAGGAAGGGCACCUGCUGGUGCGACACUUCCAGUUCCUGCGCUGGUCCGCCUACCGGGACACGCCUGACUCCAAGAAGGCCUUCCUGCACCUGCUGGCCGAGGUGGACAAGUGGCAGGCGGAGCGUGGGGACGGGCGCACGGUCGUGCACUGCCUGAACGGGGGUGGCCGCAGUGGCACCUUCUGCGCCUGCGCCACAGUCCUGGAAAUGAUCCGCUGCCACAACCUGGUGGACGUUUUCUUUGCUGCCAAAACGCUUAGGAACUACAAGCCCAAUAUGGUGGAAACCCUGGAUCAGUACCACUUUUGCUAUGAUGUGGCCCUGGAGUACCUGGAGGGUCUGGAGUCAAGAUAGCGGGGCCCCUGGCCUGGGGCACCCACUGUGCACUCAGAGCCAGGCCCAGCACUGAUGAGGAAGACCUGGACCCCUAACUCUGCGCCGCUACAGCUCCCCCGGGGGACGGCACUAGAGUGGGCGCCGGGCCAUCUCGGUGCCCCUUCCACGGUGCCCGGGGCCUCUCACCAUGUCCAAUGGGCAGGCUGGGGGCCAAGGAGAGGCUUAGCGAGACUGCAGCCCCGCCUACCUCUGUAGGUUCCUGCAGGUCUGCGCCGUGUAUCUGGCACUGCCUGGUAGAGUGACAGGCGCUCAGAGUUGCCAGCUCGGGAGGACCCAGGCUCAAGCCCCUCGACUCCAGGCUCAAGCCCCUUGACUCUGUCCCAGCCCUUGGCAGAGAUGAGUAAGGCCCUGUGGGGCCUGUGCGUGGCCAGUUUCCACCCGGCGUGGCUUCCUCUGGAUGUGGAUGGAGAGUUCACUGGGGCUUGGCAUCUGGACUCCCAUCUGGCCUGGCCCCUGAGGGUCCUGGGUAGACUGGGCACAUCAGACUGGUCCUCUCUGGAGGGGACAAUAGCCCCCUCCUCCACCCUGCUGCCCCCCCUACAGCCCCGGGGCUGUUUUGCUCAUGAUCCCUCCCACUAUUACUUCUUUGACGUGUGCUCUGAGCUUCCUCGAACCGAGAUCUGCCCAUCCUUACCCUGUUCCCUGUGGGGCCCCUUCCCUGCCUGAC